AUGGAUUCAUUAUUUGGAUUCAAGUUUGGAUCACUGGGAAUACAUGUUUCCACCAAGGAAGAUUCCAUUACAGAAGAUUCCACUAAAGAAGUUCACACUAAAGAAGACUCCAAAAAACAAGAUUUGACUGGAGAAAGCUCCACUGCAGAAUAUCCCAUUAAAGAAAAUUCCACUAAAGAAGCUCCGAUUCAAGAAUGCUUAGAAUCAUCAUUUCCUGUGGAAAAAGAGGUUAUAUCACCAUUGAACCAAGUAUCACUAGAUUCACAUUCAGUUAUAGAUACUGAGCCCAAAGUACAAGUACCAGAUCAGCAUCCCGACAUUUUCCCAAACUUUGAGACUUCUUCAUCCUUCAAAGAAGCCAUAGGUGAGGUUUCCCAAAACCUCCUAAAUCUACAACUCGAUUUGACCCUUGAUAGCGAAACCAGAGCCACAGAACUCAAUGAUCGAUUGGAUCGUUUUACCAAAUUGCACGCGCAGAAACUCUCGCAGUUUGUUAGGUCUUUCACCAUGAAGGUUAAAAACUUGGAACGCCGAACAGGGUCAUUAGAGCAAAAGUUUCUCACCGAAAAGCAUCACAGAGACAUUUCUGGGAGUACCAUCAAUAAAAUCAAUGAAAAUUUCGAAUCUCCGGAAAGUCAAAAUGAAAGAAAUCUGGUUAGCAGGGCUGAUGAUGUUGGCAAUGAUACUACAGAAGAGCAUACGUUAGAAACUAUUGAAGAGGAAUCUUAUAUUGUCGAUAGUAUAAUAAAGUUGAACGAAAGAUUAGAUGAGUUAACGCAUCAGUUUGAAAUUUCUGAUUCAUUAAAGGAACAAAACCCAUUUGAAGAAGCAUCUUCUUCUUCUUCUUCUUCUUCUUCUUCUUCUUCUUCUUCUUCUUCUUCUUCUUCUUCUUCUUCUUCGGAAACCAAUGAUGAUGGUUUCAAACACGAUGAAGAAAAGAUCCAAUCAAUGAUCCAGAAUGCAAUGAAUGAACGUGCUAUCAAACACGCAGACAGAAUUAGUGCUUUGGAAUCGAGUUAUGAAAACAUUGCCCGAUCAUUGGAAUCAUUAUCAAUGGCCAAGCAGACUCCCAAACCAAUAUCAUCAUCCGUUAUUGACGAAAACCAUAGUGAAAAUGUGCACUCAGAAGCACAAUACCAAAAGAAACUAAAUACUAUCAAGUCAAAAUUGCGUCACGUCGAUAGUGAACUAGAUGUUUUCAGGCCAACCUCAUCAAGCGCAUCCACUUUUUUUGAUGCCGAUGAAGACGUGGAGGAAGGUGAUGAGCCAAAAACAUUGAUAAUUGAUCCUCCUACUGAUGAAUUUAUGGCGAUUACCAAGGAACAUAUUGAUGCUGCUGAUAUCACCAAAGAAGAUGCUGCCGAAGUAACUAUCACAAACCCCCUUGAUAAUAUUGUGGAAAAUAUCGAAAAACCUUGUGCCAUAAGAUCUGAGGAUUUAGAUGCACACAUUUCAAGCAUCAUCGAUUCCAAACUUGCCGAACUUAGAGCAUCCAUAAUGAAUGAAAUCACCACCGCAAAUUCGUCAAGCUUCACGGAUAUACAACAACAUUCAUUCUCCCAACUUCAUACUCCUACGAAUCAAUUAGACGGAUAUCCACAAUCAUCACCACCAUCGUUUCAAAAACCUCUUCAAGAACAACCAUCACCUUCAACCGUUCAACUAUCAGAACCAGAAAAAUCCAAGGUGAUGCUACCAUCCCCUAAAGUUUCUCAAGACUCUCUUCCAUUAUCGUUGCUGUCCAGCGACAGUACGUCUGCAUCCCAAAUGACCAAUAAUAUCCUCAACUCCAUUCUCUUGAAAUCGCAAAACUAUAAUGAAACAUUAAGCUCUGAGGUUGAGUCUUACUUACUGGUUGGAAAUCUGAUGAAGGAUAUAGUUACCCAAGAUAACGAUGAUGACAUCACCACUGUGGAGGUUUUGUCGAAUGAUGGAACUUUCAAAGCUGAUAAUCCUGCAUACGAUAUAUUGCUAAAUGCUGGUGAUAAUGGUCAAUAUAUUAUCAAUUCUAGUGUUAAGGAAAAUAAUUUGGAAAACGCCUGCUUGAGUAUUGAUAGCGUCACCGGUUCACCAGUUACGCACACUCAUCACGAUCAAGAUGAGAUUACUGGCUAUACUGGGUCUUUUGAGGUUAGGGAUUGCGCUAGUACUAUGAGCUCUGAUUAUCCACAUAAAGAACUCUCUAUUGAUGAUAAGGAACAAGAUUCGUAUCUUGAUGUUUAUGAGCCAUCGAAAUGUGCUAAAGAUGCUCCAAAUAAAGAUGAAAUCUCUGGUUUAGGUCUUGAAACUAUGACUAUAGAUGAUGGUAAACUUAAGACACAGGAAGAAAAUCUACCAUCAGAGAGACAAGACGGAGAUAUUUGUGAGAGCCCGGAUGAUGGCAAGGAUAAUGAUAUUGUGAUUGGCUCCAUUGGCUCCACUGAUAAUGCCGAUGCUUCUCAUACCAUGGGCGCUUCCUUUGAUGAAUGUAACGACCGUCGAGAUUCUUUUGAAGCAGGACAACCAAAUGAUAUUAGUAUGGAUUCCUCAAAUAUAAUCCCCAAAUCUGAAAAUGAUACCAAUCAAUAUUCAAGACCCACUUCCUUCAAAGAGAAACAUUCCUCGGUGAUAAUUCCAAGUCCAACUUUUUCUGUUGUUAAGUCGUUGGGGCCACGGAAUUCUGAUGUUCCUGAUUUUUUUGCUUCCGAACCACUGCUUGUUGAAAUUCGUGAAAUGGUUAAUUCUUUGAUAAACAAGCAAAACAAGAGAUUUGAGAAGCGAUUGAGCAGUGCAAUUGAAGGCCUUCAACAACAAUUUGGGAAAUUGGAAGAUGGUUUGGCUAAACAAGAAAAGUCUGUGCAAGAUUUGAAACGCUGGCAAGGUAGGAUGUUGAAGAAUAAAAUUCGUCAACAUUCAAAAGAUUUUGGUGGUAUUAACUUCAGCUUGGGGAGUGAAGGAGAUUUCAAAUUUCCCGAGACUGGUGUUGGCAGGGCAAGCGAUGACCUGAUGGUGCAUCAUGAAAAACACAAAAUAGCGGAUCUUGGGGUUGCCACAAACACUGAUAAUUUGACGUUGGAAAAAGGGGCAGCUGAGGAAAAUAUUGAUUUGAAUACCGCUAACACCAAUAAUCAUUCAGACAAAGAGGAGGUUAUGUCUAAGCUUCCAAAUGAUUAUGAUACCAAUGCAAAUUUGCCUUACGAAACCCAGGAUACAUCAAAUCGGGCUGAAAAUGUGCUUAUUCCAGAACAUCAACAAUCAGCUUUUAGAACAAUAGACCAUAUGCAAUCUUUGAAUUUAUUGAAGCCUUCAGAUCAGCAAACGGGAAAAACUGGUGGAGGAAAUUUGAUGGAAGAACCAUUGUUACACCAAGACUCAAAUACUCCAAAUAUCGAGGCCAUAAGACAGAUAAGUGGAGAAAGUCCCGAAAUUAACACUAGCCCAGAAGAUCAAAAAGCUUCAGCGAAAGAAAAAGAUUACGAUGAGAAAUAUAAUACUUUAAAAAAGGAACUUGAUGAUCUCAAAGAAAAAAUUGACAAGAUGCAAGAAACUCAAGAACACAUGUCUCCAAAAUCUGAAGUUGAAAGUAUUUUCAGACAUCCAAGCUUCAACAAGUAUACAAUGUAUUCCAACAAGAUGCAUAGAAAGCUCCAAGAAAACGAUAUUGAUGCUAGAGUUGAUGAGAGGCAGAAGCAGCUUUUGGAAAUGGUGAACAUUAAUAACGAGUAUCUCAUCAAGCAGCUGGUAAAGGAACAUCUUUCUGCAUUUCAAGAGCGAUUGGAUAUUAAGAAUAAACAAAUCCAACAACUAAAACAUGAUAUUAGAAUGCUUUACCAUUAUGCGAAUAGAAAUAAUGACAUAGAUAGGACGGUCGAGAAGCAUAAAGCUGAAAGCCGUUUGUUUGAUGGUGAUGCCCAGGUCAGACCAAAGGAUGGUUUCCAUGAUGAGCCAAAAUCUGUGAUAUCCCAAUAUCAUCAUAGAGAACAAUUUGUCGGUGCUGCUGGUGAGCAUGAAAUAAUGCCUGAAAAGAUGAGUGGUAAAGAACCUGUUAUUGACGAGGAGAUGUUGACUGUCAUGAGUAAAAUUUCAUUUGAAGGUGAUCAAACCGGCAAAGGAGAAUCUUUCUUGAGACACAAUAUUGAUAACGCCGAGCUAACUCAACCAGAAGGGUCGAAACAUCAUUUUAAAAUAAAGCAUCUUCUGUCAAUGUCUCCAGAGGUUAUCAGAGACGAAAGAAGCCCAAAACUGGCUGAUAGAAAGGCAAGGUUUGUAUUGUUGAAGACCGGCGGUCCUGAACCUGCUGAUGAUGGCAAACGUUCAACCCAUUUUUUGAAAGAGCCGGUUGGAAUCUUUCCAGAUGCGUCCAUUGGCAGAAAGGACGGCAAAGGAUUGUUUACGGUUAAAAGCUCGAAGGCUUUGACUUCCGGGAAACAUGCUUUUAGUAGUAGUCUUUGUAGACAUAAGCACAGCAGCUAG